AUCUUAUCUCUCUAUGGAACAUUUUACAAACCGUUAAGAUUAAUGAGGAUUAAUCUAUCUUCUUAAUCGAUUGGAUUAUAAGAUUAUCAGGUUAAAGACAUCACAAUAAUACUCGAUUUCCGAUGAAGAACUCAUAGAUGAUCUAUUAAUAGUUUGUCCAUAAAAUACAGUCGAAGGAAAAAUUACUUUUACAUUUUUGUAUUUAUACUUUUGCGCAGACAAAAGGAUAAGAACGAUUAGCCAGCUAAUGAUAAAGUUGAAUCUUUCAUCAUUCUAAUCAUUGAUGAAUUGAUGUUAUCGGUUUUUACGUGAAGAAUUUACAAUUAUCGUAAAACUUCAUUUCCUCUGACUGUAGUAAAUGAUGACUAAAUUGAAUUAAAUCAUUGGUUGCAAUAACGCCUUAUCUUGAACUCUAUUUUUGAUUAAUCCGUUUUCAGGUUGAUAAGUUAAUUAUAUAAGUGUCGUGUUUCAUUUUGAAACUUUCAAUAUGCGUUUAAUGUUCAAUUGUGUCAAUUUUUGUGGUUGUGAUCAAUUAUCAUCAUAGGCAAAGAAAAUAUCGUGAAUUGACAAAGUGUUGACUAAAAUGCCUAAACUAAGCAAAAACGAUCUGCUAGAAAUCAUUAGUCUUUUACGGCUUGAUGUGUUCUUUUUGUUAGCUAUGCUUGGCUCUUCAAUGCCAUCGAUUACCAUUAACCAAUUAGCUCAAGACAAGUGGUGUCUCAACUCGUUCUCGGGAAACCGGUCAGUUUGCUUGGACCUGGCAAACUCUGGAACAGAAUAUGAGUCCUUAAGAAAUGAAGUUCUGAAAAAAGCGACAACUUUGAAAAUGUAUACAACCAUUUUAACUACGAUUCCUGGUAUACCCACAUCAUUAUUUCUUGGAUAUUGGAUUGAUACAUAUCCAGGUCACAUUCGUUAUCUCCUAACAUUCGGUCCAAUUGCUAUAGUCAUUCAAGAUUUAAUGAUUAUUUACCAGUGCGUUCAUUUUGAAACAGGAGCGAUGUCUUUAUUAUACACAUACGUUGUACCCGCAAUUACUUCGAGCUUGGUAGCAACUGGAGCCUUUACAUAUGCAACUCGAAAAACACCGGCCAAGUAUCGAGCCAUCAGAUUCACCGUGUUGGAGAUAUUUGUCAUUGCAGCAAUGCCGUUAUCUUCCUCUAUUGGUGGUCUUCUUUUGGGAAUGAAGCCUUGGUUAUCUAGUCAACUUCGUAAUUACGUCGGUGUCAUUGUCGUAGCAGCUUCGUUUUCAUUGUUUGCAAUUAUUUGGAGUGCAAUUAUGAUCACAGAUACAAGUCACGAUAUUCCAAACAAGAAAAUGAGACAACAAACGAUGAAAAUAGUAAAGAUAAACCCGAAAUUCAAUCAACCCCGAUGUGAUUGAUAUAAAGAAGGAGAAAACUUUGAAUGAAAAGAUUUCAGAAGUUUUCCAAUUUGGUAAUCUGAUUAAAACUGUUCAAACAGCACUAAGACCUCGAGAAAAUAACCAAAGAGCCGCUUUACUUAUGAUUAUAUUGUCAAUGAUCAUUUGUAAUAUUGGUUACCUGGGUGAAAAUGAAAUCGGCUUACAAUUUGCCCAAAGAGUGUACCAUUGGAGUUCUGAACACUAUUCUUACAUGACUUCCUUUAUGGUCAUUCUUCCGGCAAUUUUAAUUUUCGCUACUCCGGCCAUUUUAAUCCAUAAGUAUAAUUUACACGACACCGUUGUCGGAAUCUUGGGUAGUUUAUCUCUCGUAUCAUUGUUACUUAUUAAAGGAAUAUUCUUGAAUCAAACAGCUUUUCUAAUUGGAGUGAUUCCUGGUGGAUUCAUUGGCCUCUUACCCAUCGUUAAUAGGACAAUCGUUUCAAGAAUUAUUCGUGCCAAUGAAAUUGGUCAAAUUUACUCACUCAUUUCAAGUAUCGAACCUGCUGGACCUUGAUAUCAUCUGUUCUUUAUACGAAAAUUUUCAAUGCGACAAUUGAUGAUUACCCAGGUACUGUUUACCUUGUGAUUGGAACUAUUUGCUCUUUUCCAACAUUCGUGACAAUUUGGCUCUACAUAACAAAAGAUCAGUGGGAUUUAGUUCUAAUUGAAGAAAAAGCAAAGGCAAUUAGUGGGGAUAACAACAAUAACGAUAAUCAAUCAACUUCCAAUCGUGGCGGUGUGACCUCUAAAGCUCAGCAUUGAGCAGUGCCUCUUUUCAAAGUGAUUAUAAUACUUUCCAGAUUCGAAAUGAGCUUGACGAAAACAAUCAACCAACAACAUGAUAAUCGGAAUUGAGAGAGAGAAAUUUAACCACUACCGAAAUAUCAUCAAUUUGCAAUAACGAACAAUAAAUUCGAAAGAGACUGUUAGACUUCAAUCGUUCACUGAAUAGUUGAAGCAAACCAUUUUAUAAUCAAUAUCAAACAAUUAAUCACCAACAAUUAAAGUCACCCUAUUUACUAAAUUUUGUCAAUUUUAAUUGAUUCACAUAUCAACUCAUGGCACCAGAAAACAGGUUAAUUUUAAAGUUGAUGAUGGUUACCCAGCAUCAUCAAUUAUCAAUGAUAAUAUUAAACAGAUUGAACGAAGUCAAUCAUUAUUAGUAACACAAAAUCAGCUGACAAUUGAAAAUAUCAAGCUUACAAACAUAUCUUGAGUCUUACCGA